GGCAAGCAAAAACUCUCAGGCUGCAACAAGAAUACUGAAUGUUGCUACGUACAGAGGGUCUUACAGCAUUAUAAAGAUGCUUCUAGAGGCUGGAUUUCGAACUAAUAGGAUCUAUAAUUUGGAUGUACUUGACUUUUUUGGUUUUAAGAUUCCCAUGAGUACAGAGUCAUUAAGCUUAUUCUGGGAGUUCAAAGAGAAUGUCACUCUUGAUGGAGCCAUGAUUUGUGCCUUCUGUUACGUAAAUGGAUAUGAGAAAAGGGUCAUACAAUCUACGCGCUUAUUGAUUUUUUAUUUUGCCAUUUAUUUACGGUUAAACAAGUUGAGUAAAGAUUUGAUACCAGCAACAGAACUUUUCAAAUUAGAUGAUGUUUUGUCAAAAGAACUUGAUAAUUGUAACAAGGUGCUGGAUAGAUUGAAGAGAGUCAAAGCUGGCACAAUAUCUAUUUUUGACAUGAUGACGAUGUCAUUCGACUCAUUUGUUCAGAUGUUGAAUAAUAAGAAACAUCUUGAAGCAUGUGUGAAAUUUCGCUCUUCACUUGCACAGAAAAACAAAGGCAUACUUAAUUAUUACGAUUAUGCGGUGAAAGUUCGCAUUGAUCUAGCGGUUGAAAAGAGGAAGGUACUAGACGGUGCGUACUACUAUUUUAACGAAGCUCUACAACUUGUCCUGGGGACGAUGUAUUUUGAAAGUCUGCCCGAUGAAAUCAUGUGGAACAUUUUGUCUUACUUAAACGUAAGAGAGUUGAAGAAGCUUGCAAACAUUGAUACACUAACUAGUUGAUAAUAUUUCAAACAAAUUUUAAACCAAAUGUAUUGUCUAAGACGCUUGUUGUUACUUUGUACCUUAUGGUACAGCAUAUUAUUUUGUCGGAACUUUGUAAUAUUCUAGA